GUGAGCGAGCGAGCCUGGGGGGGACUGAGUCACUUCAGUCGGAGCCAGUCAGUGGCGAGGCUAGAGCUGUAGCUCCGUCCCCUCCAGUGCGCUCGCAGCCACAGCGGCAGCUCCUCGUCACUCGGUCCCCGGCAGGAGCAGCAGCGGUCGCGCCACCGUCUCGGCAGCGAUUAGAGCAACCGGCAGAAGCCGCGGCUCCUAGGCGCCGCCGGCAGCUCCAGCCUCUCCCCCCCUCCUUCCCUCCCUCCCUCCCCUCCAUUCCCGUUAAGGUUCAGGGAUCACCAACUCUCAAUACCCUACACCCUCCCCCAGUUACCCUUAAACCACGGCCACAUCUACCCAACAUGAGAACAUAAAACCAGUAUUUAUAUAUCAAAAAAGGACUCUCAGUCUACCAUUUUUAAAUUAUAUUUUCAAAGACCUUGUCUUCUAUUUCCCUUCAAAUUAAUGGUGGUCAUCAAGCCCUGAAAAUUCUCAAGAGCAGAAGUGUGACCAAACCACAUUUUGCCAUGAGUGGACUUCUGAAACGAAAGUUUGAAGAAGUGGAGGGUGAUCCUUGUUACUCUUCAUCUUCUCCUUCGUCAACCUCCAACUCGUCCUCUUCUUCAUCCUCCGCAGCAUCUUGUUCUUCGUCCUCGAGCUGGGACUCUGAUGAUGACAACUGUUGUGGUGAAACAUGGGCAACUAGACGUACUGCAGCUUUCCCCUCAACACCUUUUACCCCAGUCCCCAUCCUGAAGAGAGCUAAACGCACAAGAAAGAACCAUGUCCAAUUUGAUCGUGUCGUUGUGUUCUAUUUUGCACGGUGUCAGGGGUUCACCAGCGUUCCGAGCCAGGGUGGCUGCACCUUGGGCAUGGCCAGCAAGCACAGCUCAUGCCAGCAGUACACACUGGCAGAGUUUGCCAAAGAACAGGAGCAAGUUCGCUCUGAGAAAAUCAAGGAACUCUUGAAAGAACAGAAGCUGAAUUCACUAAGGCUACAGUUGACUAAGAAUGGGACUGCUGACUCUGAAGAGGCUGACCGGCUCACUGUUGAUGACAUUUCGGAUGAUGAUAUCGAUGUCGGCGAGGUGGAGCUAGACAGCAGUUUCUUUCCACAGCCAUACCCAGCCAAGAAACGGCACACAAUGCUAAAAGCAGCUGGAGUUAAGAAGAUUGACCGCGAGGAAAAGCGAGAGCUGAAUGCAAUCAGGAUGUCGCGUGAGGACUGUGGUUGUGACUGCAAGGGUUUCUGUGAGCCAGAGACUUGUAGCUGUAGCCUGGCUGGAAUUAAAUGCCAAAUGGAUCGCAUGUCCUUUCCCUGUGGAUGUACAAAGGAUGGUUGUGGUAAUACGAUGGGUAGGAUAGAGUUCAACUCUGCUAGAGUACAGACGCACUUCAUCCACACCAUCAUGAAGCUGGACUUGGAGACACGGCAAGUAAACAGUGCAAAUAAGAAUGAAGAAUCAGAGACACUGCUCUUGGAGAAUUCUCAGCAUUAUGGUUACUCAGCAGACAAAAACGUGUUCCAAGACAGAAGUGCCUCUGUAACGCCAGCCUUUCAGUACAGCGAGGAGUCUGAUGACAGCGAGGAAAACAGCUGUAGCAGUGACAUGACUGACUUUACUUCAUCAAAUUACAGUGAGGAGGCAGAUGAGGGAGCUGAUGACCGUUUCUUGGAUAAUGGACCACAGUCUCACCAAACUGCAGACAUAGAUGAUGACGGACUAGCUCGGAUACUCCACUUUAAUGAUUCUGACAAUGAGUGUGGUAAUGAUACCGACAACCGGGAUGGAUUUCCCUACUUUAGCCCUUCUGAUUUUUUCUGUGAGACUGGUGACCAACACAGUGGCAUGGAAAACUGCAAGUUCAAUGCUGAGUUUUACACUAAUCACUUGUCCACUUUGGAUGAGAAUGCCAAUCAAGAGGGGAGUUUCCCCCUGGGUGAUAUAGCUCCAAUGCAGGGCAACAACCAGGUCUAUCCUCCUCCUCACUGCCCAGAGCAGGGCUCAAAAAGCUACACUGACCUCAGCCUGUCAACUGACUCUUUCGAGUUUUUCCAGUCAUUCUCAGAAUUCAACUACGGAUCAUUUCAUAACCCACAGAAAGACUACGAAAGUAUAGAUAAUUGUCCAACACUCCAAUUUCAGUUCCCUGGGUUUCCUAGUUUCUCCCAGGCUACUGACCCUGGUAGCUGUUUCCUGGAGUCUCUUAUUGGUCUAGCUGAGCCAAUCACAGCAGACUCAUUCCCAGAGCCUCCUAAACCUUUCCCUGACAGUCAGCACCUUGAAGAAGCCAUCAAAACCUCCAUCAUGGAAACUGUGAAGGUUUGACUUUGAAUUAUGGAAAUGACUGGUUCCAAAAUCCUUCAGUUCUUUUAAAAGAUAUCUGAAAGAUAUCUUAAUGAAAUAAUUGAUGUAUUUGGGGGCAGAUGUGGGGAGGGGGAACGGGACACAAUUAAAAUGUCAGGGAAUCUUUCUCCACUAAUUAGCCCUCAAUUAUAUUCACCUUGGAAUGUGAGAGGCUACAAACGGCAAAAAUAUUUUUCAACUUGGACAAGUGGGAGAAAGACUCCUGACCAUCAGUUGGUGGUAAUUUUUUUUGAGAGAACUAGAUAUUGUUGAAACCUGAAAGGUAUUUGGGCAUUGGAAUCGUGACUCAUCAAUGCCAAAUAUCAGUGGUACUUUAGUGAAGAAUGAGGCAGGUGACAAUUAAAGAAAAAAUGGAAGAAGUCUACUUGUUUGGCUUCUUAUCAAUGGUUAUCUGACAGAUAAAAUUAUUUGGACAAUAAUAAUGUCUUUGUGACCAGCCCUGUUCAAAGUGUCACCAUUGCUAUCAUCAGCCCCAUUCACCUUUCCUAAACUAUGUGCCAUCUUUUGUUACUCCUGCAUCUGCUUUCGAUUCUGAAGUCAGUGGCCCAUUCUAGACAAUGGUUCCAUGUUGCUGCUAGAUCUUUGUAAUCUCAUUCCAGUGCCUGUUUCAUGAAAUCAUGGAAAGUGGUUUAGCUAGACAAGCCUGAUGCUUGCUGCUACACAACUGUUCUUUCCAGUGAAGGUGUCACCAUUGGGAGUGGGUGCCUUGGCUGAUUUCAUACCAACCACUGAGUCUGAAGCCCAUAGAAGCAUCAGAGCAGUUGCCCUCACCCUGGCUGAGAUUGGGUAUGUAAUAAACCAGCUAUUGAACCUGGAACAUUUCCAGUGUGUCUGAUUCAGCAACAAUACAUUUGUACACUAAACUAUUUUUUGGGAUCUCCCAUCAUACUACUUAAAGAUAGAUGUUUGAGAGAAGCCUUGUUCAUGCAUAUACAUUGUCUCACACCUGCUUUGGAUUUAGUAAUUAGUGACCAGGAAAAAAUUACUUUUCUAGGUGAAAAAGUACUCCUUUUUAUCUCAUGGUGAGAGCUGUAACUGAGAUGGUGCAGUGACAGUAUAGAUUGAAGUGGUUCCAAUGACACGACUUGCAUUUAUGUAGUGCCUUCAACAUUGAAAACAUCAAAGGUGUUUCACAGGUGCAUUGAGUCAAAAUUUGACAGAGAUUCAAAAGGAGAAAUGGAGCAGAUAAACUAUAUCUUGGUGAAAAGAGAUAUGUGUGUGUGUUAAGCUCCAUCCAAAUUGGUGAAGGGGACAUAGGAAGGUUUAAUGAGGUCCACAGGCUAGAUGAGCUGGCAUGGUUAGAACUGGACUAAGAAAUUCAUGGUUCACUACAGUGCUAGUAGAAAUUACACUAAGGUGUAAGGGCAUAGCAGAAAUUUUUAUUGAUCAGGUUUUGAUUUCCCUUCAGGGCUACAAUUCCUAACCCUACACAUUUGAAUCCAGCUAUUAAAGGUAAAGAUUGCAAUUUGACUUCAAGAUGGUUAGAGACCAUUACCAAAAAUAGAUGUGGCAACUUCUCACUGUAAAUCUAAUGCUGUGGUGUAUAUAUACCUCUACUAUAAUGCUGGUUACAUCAAGUGCCAAGAGCACUGAAACUGUGCCAACCUUCAAAUUUAUUGUUUUAGGCAACUUCUCUCUGGCCAGCAAUCUGUUGGUUGCUCAUCUCCUGUCUCAUUCACUGGAUGAAUAGAACUUGGAUAUUUUUGAAAUAAACAAAUAUAAUAAGUGGAUUCUUUUCACAUUUCAUAAUGGAAUAGGAUUGAACCUCUGCAUUCUCAGACGAGAAGAGAUUGCAGUACAAUUAAUUUAUAUAUUUCGGAUCCAGCACAUGAAAACAGAAAAUGCUGAAAGUGCACUGGAGAUCUGUUGACAUGAAUUUUAGAUGUAAGCCUUCAAUGAAGGAUUUCACAGUUUAACAAUGACUUGACUUACACACACUGAUUGAUCUGCUUUGCAUUUUUAGCAUUUUGUGUUUUUAGUACUGUUUUUCCGAUAUUCACAGCCUCUAUUAUAUAUCUGCAAAAGAUAGACACUUUGAAUGGCAAAGGGUUAAUUCACAAAUGAACUGACUUACUAUGCAAAGUCUUAACUACAGCUGAGCCCAACAAAUCAUGAUUUGCAAGUGCAAAGUACAUUGAUAAAGCCAACCUGAGACAAGGUCUUAAAUAACAGGAGGUUAAUGAGUAAUUUUUUUUGUAAUACUGGACCUAGAGUAUUACGUGUGCAGUUUUUAUUUAUUUUGUACUUCUGUAUUUAUUUAUUUUUGUACAUGCAGUACUGCAAGAAGCACUGUGGUUUAAUAAUGAAACAAUGGAAGUGCAAUACAGCCUUUCCGUAGCACUGAUCCCUCUGAUCAUGACACUGUUAUAAUAGCUAAGUGUUUGCUUGAGCAGCACUGUCACUAGUCUUGAGUCCCACCUGCAAAAGAGAACAAAAUUGCAUAUAACCAGCUGCAUGUUGCAGUUGUGACCAUGCACUUUUUUUUCUACCACACCACCUUAAUUCAUCACCUCAAAAUGGUCCUGUAGUCAUUAGGGCCAGACUUCUUCCUAAUGUUUUCCACAGCCUAAUAGUGUCCACACACAAGCCAAGUUCACAAAGGCAAAACCUUUACUGUUGCCUGAGUGUCUUCUGGUGCAAACAUUUCCUCCCAAAUCCUAGUGACAGUAUUGCUCCAGUCAAGCUAAAUACUUAUCAUGAGUUCUCGGCUUUUCUCCAAGAUCUCCACAAAUGAGGGUGUUUUAAGAUUUGAAAAGUACCUUCUGGUAGGAAGUCAUUUUUUUAAGGAAAAAUUAUGUGGAUUGCAUUCAAACAUUUAGUGUUUUAGGCUGUAUUUUUUGGCUUGAAGUUUGUAGCUCUAAAGGUGCUAGCGAUUUAAAAUCUUUAAUUAUUUAAAAAAAUUCCGCGAAGUAGCUAAUUUUUUGUUAAGCUUUACAGUAUAUAAUUUAUUGAAAUUCUGUGAGGAAGUGGCAUACAUGGUUCAGCCCUGCCCAAAUAUGCAGAGGAACUAUAAACAUUUUAUUAGCAGAGGGGAAAAUUAGGAUACUAACAAUAAGAACCAAAAGUUGGAACAACCCAAGCUGGCAAGGAUUUAUUAAAAUUAAUGCUACUGAAUUAUCUUCCAAAGAACUCGCUCCUGAUAGGAUUCUUAAAUGUUCAAUUUUUCCCUUUUUUCUAUGCUCUGUCUCCCUGGUACUUUUGAAACUAAUAGACUAGUCAGUUUGAAAGUUAACUGGUGGUGUGUGUAGUAGACCUUCUCUCAAAUUUUGAAAGUGACAAGCUAACUUGUGGAGUAGGGAUAACAAUUGGCUCAUUCCCACUACAAGUGCUUUAUGAAUAUCCACAGAGUCACCCUGUAUUCUAUUUUAACCAAAGUAGCAAGAAUUGUUCAAUAGGGUUAAUUGUUCAUAAACAAGUAACACAUUUGUCAUUUCUACCUAACUUCUAUUAAAAUCAGCAGAGUUUAGUUAAAUAAUUCCCUAUUCAUUGGUCAUAGGUGAUGACUUUAGCUCUCUUUCCCAUUUUUCUUGUCUUUUAGCUUUACUUACUCUGAAUUACUUAAAACAAAACUUGUAUUGACAUCUUAAAAGUGGACACAUAUUCAAUUUCCCAUUUAAAGGGAUAAUGGAUAACAUUAGGAAAAACUAAUUAAAAAGUUUGUAGGUGAGUUGGAAUCAUCUACAUGCUUGUGCAAAGUAGCUUAUUUAUUUCCUAGGUAAUUUCAUUUACAACAAUAGUCAUCCAUAUUCCCUUGGCAUUUCAGUUCAUUUAGGAGAAGGGAGUGUUCUAAUGUCAGAAGAGGGCUUUGUGGCCAACUCAAUGACAUUUUCCCCUGCCCCCCCAUAAAGUUUCUCUGCAUAAGUAUCCUGGACCACGCAACAUGCAGCUGUACUGCCCUUAAAAAAAAGAACUAUUUAUUUUUGUUUCUCUUUUCAUUUGCAUGUGUCUGAGAAAUUCAAUUCUGUUCCUUCUCAAAGGCACUAGAAAUCUGUAAAUAAGUUAAAUGUCACUCCAUUGUAUGAUUCAUUUUUUUGCUUGUUUGUACAUAGAAAAAAAAUGAAAAUUGGUAUUUAUUACAAGACUGAGAUAAUGUUAUGUAUUGAUUUGUCUGUACAUCUCCCAUUUGCCUUCAAUAUGUAAAUUAUAUAUUAGACUUCAAUAAUUUUGCAGAAUGGUACAAUGAUUAUUUUUAAAUGAACACAUGCAUUUAGCUUAAUCUGUAAAAUAUGUUGGUGAAUUACAUGCUAUUCAUCCAAGCCGUAUGAAGCCAUUUUCAUCAUACUUUUAAAUAAUAAAAGAACUGUAUAUGCAAG